GUAUACUCUCUUGUCCAUUACCCGAGUCCAUCGUUUUCGAGACCUACCUUUCUAGCUUCUUCAGUUUACCAUGCCAGAAAUUCAACAGAUUGCAACAGAGCUCAAGGGAGCACUUCACCAGUAUCCGAACUUCCCAACAGAAGGUAUCUUGUUUGAAGAUUUCCUUCCAAUCUUCAGAUCACCAGUGCUGUUUGAAAAAUUGGUGCGUGCUUUCAAAUUACACUUGGAGCAGAAGUUCCCAGAUAAGAAGGUUGAUUUUGUUGUUGGUCUUGAAUCCCGUGGAUUUCUCUUUGGACCAUCUUUGGCUCUUGCCAUUGGUGCAGGUUUUGUUCCUGUGAGAAAGCAGGGUAAACUCCCUGGUAAGACCUACAAAGCUGAAUACGUCAAGGAAUACGGUAAAGACGUAUUUGAGAUCCAAGUUGAAGCAAUUCCAGAAGGCUCCACUGUCAUAGUUGUUGACGAUAUCAUCGCUACAGGUGGCUCUGCUAAAGCUGCAGAGGACUUGAUCACCAAAGCUGGUGGAUGUCUCUUGGAGUUUGAAUUCGUCAUGGAGUUGGACUUUUUGAAAGGAACUGAAAAGCUUAAAGCACCAUCUUUCACUUUGCUGUCUGGACAACCAGAAAAACUUAGAGAUUAGUUGUCAAUUGGGUCAUCCAUGUACUAUUUAAUACUACGUUUACACUG